AACAAUGCUACGUGAAGUGUGUUUAACCGCAUAUUUUCAGAUUAAAAAAUAUGUUUUAUCUCAAAUUGUUUCUUCCUUUUUUCGUAUUCCAUCUUUGCACGACGCUCGAAUGCUACGACGGAACAAAAAUUAUUGGAAGUGGAUCAAAAAAGAAAUGUGAGCAUGCUUCCGAUUUUUGUUACAACAUGACCGUUGCUCUUGCACGAUUUCCCGAGGUGAUCGUGGCUGGUUGUUCGAAUAUGGGAUGCAGGCUAAGCCAAAAUAGAUGCAUUGAAAAGAAGUUUCGAGGACGUAGGGUCACGUUUUGUUGCUGUAACCAUUUCGACCUUUGCAAUUCAAAGUUCACUUAUCUCAAUAAACGCGAAAAGAUGAAACAAGAAGCGAAGGACUUGGGAAAGAUUGGAAAAACGAUUGGCAGGGACUUAGGGAAGAUUGGAGAGAGGAUCGGCAGGGAUUUAGGGAUCAUCAAAAAGGGGACCGGACGGCAGCAGUGAAGGCGUUGGGU